AUGGGUAUGAAAUACGUCGCAGCUUACUUACUUUGUGUUUCCUCUGGAAAGGAACAACCAACUGCUAAUGAUAUCAAGAAAGUUUUGGAAUCAGUAGGUAUCGAAUUUGACCAAUCUAUUGUUGAUGUCCUGAUCUCCAACAUGAGUGGAAAGCUCAGCCACGAAGUCAUUGCUUCUGGUUUGUCUAAGCUCCAAUCUGUUCCAACUGGUGGUGUUGCAGUUUCCGGUGGUGCAGCAGCAGCAGCAUCUGGUGGUGCAGCAGCUGAAUCUGCUCCAGCUGAUAAGAAGAAGGAAGAGGAAGAGGAAGAAGAAGGUGACCUAGGUUUCUCAUUGUUCGACUAA